UUUCCUGCCAAAUCGAAACCGACAGCUCUGCAUUUAAACCAUUAUUUUAGGCAUACCGGAGUGAAUCGGGGUUGUAAAAUGAAAUUAAUGAGGAUCUUCACACUGAUUCUUGCAUUUCACAUCACAUCUCUACAACUAGAAGCUUCUCAUGAUGCAGAUGUGAGAAUCCUGAUUGUUGGAAUCAGAAGUGACUCUAGAUUCAGAGCUGCAGAUAUUCUGUUAGGAAGGAAAGUCAGCAGACAGAUGAUGAAGAGUGAAGUCAUGACAGAUGAAGGUUGUAGUAAUGAUGCUGGUCACUGGACCAAACCUCUGUGAGAAGAAUCCAGCGAGUCAGGACUUUAAAACAGCUCUGACUCUCUCUUCUCCUGGACCUCACGCUGUUCUGAUCACCCUCAAUCUGGACGAUCUACAAUCUGAAGAGUGUGAUCUCCUCCAACAAGUCCAGGAGCAGCUGGGAGCACAAGUUCUGCGGUACUGCAUCGUUGUUCUGCUCCAGAACGACCCGCAGAAACCUGACAGAAACAUGGAGAGAGCUGGAGAAAUCAUCAACGCGUGUCGAGGCCGAUUUCACAUCAUCACCGACUCUGAGCCGAAACCUGCUCAAACUACAGCUCUUCUAGACGAAAUACUCAAGUUAGUUUGGCUCAAUGGGGAAACAUUUCACUCAACGUUGAUUCAACGGUUAGAAACGGAACGGCUGGAACUUUUGGAAAGACUAAGAGAAAUCGAGAGCAUACUUCACAAAGAAGAAGAAAAGAAAGAAAACCCGUUCUCAUCUGUAAUAUAUGACACUUUAGGAGGCGACGUUGGGAUUGUAGCAUGGAUUUUCAUCAUUUCAAUGAACGCUGUUGUGGCUGGUACAGAAGACAGACAGAUAAUGUUAAUUGUCACAAGAUUGGGUUUAGCGGUUGUGUUUAUGGUCACUUUAAGAAAUGUUCUGAGUCCAAAUAUUGCUGUUCCAAUCAAUUUGGCCCGGGCCACAGCAUUUACAGCAGUUGUGAUACAAAAGAAAGAAUCAAUUUUACGGAGAAAAAAACAAAGUGAUGAAGACGCAGAAACCUUUUAUAAUAAUUUUAGGACUAAUCCUUGGAACAGUUACUAGCGUUUGGUCGUGGUCAGAUGUGCUUGUAGCAUGUUGUGCUUCUCCUGGAGUCACAAUCAGUGUUUUUGCAUUCUUAAAUCAUUACUUCACAUUCAAUGAAAUGAAUAACAGAGAAACUCUGACGUUUGCGCUCAAGUUGUUUUUCUGUUGUACAGUCGGAGCGACACUCUCAAUGUGUUGUGUGACUGUGAUUACUCUGAUUGGGGUGAAGAUGACAAUAAUUCUGCUAAUUAUAGCAGUUAUAAUUGUGUGCUUCUAUUUUAAGCAUAAAACACCCGAGGUUUUAUUUAAUUUAUUUAUUGCUAUAAUUAUUUCAUAUAUUUUUGUGCUCGUUGGUUCCAUCAUUUUAAUUUUAAAACAUUUCUUCCAUGUUUUAUAACAUGUUACUGUUUAGUUCUUCAAUAGUAAUUGACAGAAUCUUUAAUGCCCUUGUCUGAACACAGUUAUGUUAAUAUUUGAGUUUGUGUUAAUUAUGAUGUUGUUAUUAGACUAAAGCAUCACAUCAUAAUUAUCUUUUCCAAAUUGAACCUAUUUACUUUCUUAAUGUACGCAUUCCUGAUCUUAUUGUGAAUGAUUCAUCUGUAUUUCAAAAAAUGUAAUCAUCUUUAAUCUUGUAAUCAUUUAUCAAAAUGUAACAACUUGCUCCGCUUCUAAAACGACUUUCCUUUUCUGAUGACAUCACCAAUCCACUCUUAUUUUUCAAGCCUUCCAACCAACCAACUGGCUCCAUUCUGCUAUGAUACGCCCACUUUUCAUCUGUCAUAUGAAA